GCCACAUGCGUACCACUAAUAAAUUUGAUGUUUGUAGAAGUUGCAAAUUAUUUACAUUUUUCAAAAUAAACGCUAGAAAAAUACUUCUCUACAUAUUUUUUUCAUAUAGAAUAAAUAAAUGAACUAUUGUAAAUACAAACUUCAACUUAUUGUAUUAAUAAAAAUUUAGUUAUAAAAAUAAAGCGCAUGUCAUGUUAUAUCAAGAACGUGGCGUUUGUUAGAGCUAGUUUCCACACAAUCAGAGAUUAGAAUCGUGUAGUGAACAGUGUUAGGAACUAUAAGGGUUUUAGGACUUUUAAUAUAUAAUUUUGUUGUUAGAAAAUGAUUACUAUGUAUAAUUCAAUUAGUUGUACUUGAGAAAAAAAAAUUUAACUAUAACUCUCAAAUAAUAUUACUUGCAAAAUUGUGACAGUGCAAAAUCAAAAAUUUUGAGGUUAUAAUUUACUUUGUACUUACACGUUUUUUUUUAAUAGUAAACGAAGUGACACUCGGGCGCUAUGGAAGACGGCCACACCAAAACGGUUGAAGAAGUGUUAAGGUACUUCGAUACUGAUGUUGAUCGUGGUCUUUCUCUCGACCAAGUUAAGAAAAAUCAAGAAAAAUAUGGACCUAAUGAACUUCCUGCGGAAGAAGGCAAAUCCAUAUGGCAAUUAGUUCUAGAACAAUUCGAUGAUCUACUAGUCAAGAUUUUAUUAUUAGCUGCUAUAAUUUCUUUUGUAUUAGCUUUAUUUGAAGAACAUGAUGGCGCUUUCACUGCAUUCGUAGAACCCUUUGUAAUUCUAUUAAUUCUUAUAGCAAACGCAGUAGUAGGUGUUUGGCAGGAACGAAAUGCGGAAUCGGCCAUCGAAGCACUCAAAGAAUACGAACCGGAAAUGGGUAAAGUUGUUCGACAAGACAAAUCCGGUAUCCAGAAAAUCAGGGCAAGAGAAAUAGUACCCGGUGACGUAGUAGAAAUUUCUGUAGGAGAUAAAAUUCCCGCCGAUAUCCGUAUCAUCAAAAUCUACUCUACUACACUCCGUAUCGAUCAGUCUAUAUUGACCGGAGAAUCGGUAUCAGUAAUUAAACACACCGAUCCGAUACCAGAUCCUAGGGCAGUAAAUCAAGACAAGAAAAACAUCCUGUUUUCCGGUACUAACGUAGCCGCCGGUAAAGCUCGAGGCGUCGUCAUCGGAACCGGUCUCAAUACCGCCAUCGGUAAAAUCAGAACGGAAAUGUCGGAAACCGAAGAAAUCAAAACUCCCCUACAACAAAAAUUGGACGAAUUCGGCGAGCAAUUAUCUAAAGUAAUCUCGGUUAUAUGCGUCGCCGUAUGGGCCAUUAACAUCGGUCAUUUCAACGAUCCAGCUCACGGGGGCUCAUGGAUUAAAGGCGCCGUCUAUUAUUUCAAAAUAGCCGUAGCUUUAGCCGUAGCCGCUAUACCCGAAGGUCUUCCUGCCGUAAUCACGACUUGUCUCGCUUUGGGUACCCGUCGUAUGGCGAAGAAAAACGCCAUCGUUAGAUCAUUACCUUCCGUAGAAACUCUAGGUUGUACUUCGGUUAUUUGUUCCGAUAAAACUGGUACUCUUACUACUAAUCAAAUGUCCGUAGCUAGGAUGUUUAUAUUCGAAAAAGUCGAAGGUAACGACAGCAGUUUCCACGAGUUCGAAAUCACCGGUUCAACUUACGAACCUAUUGGAGAAAUAUUCCUCAAAGGACAGAAAGUUAAAUGUUCGGAAUUCGAAGCCCUCCAAGAAAUUGGUACCAUUUGUAUAAUGUGUAACGAUUCCGCUAUCGAUUUCAACGAAUUUAAACAGGCCUUCGAAAAAGUGGGCGAAGCCACCGAAACCGCUCUCAUAGUAUUAGCGGAAAAGAUGAAUCCUUUCAAUGUCGUCAAAACCGGUGAUAGAAGACAAGUUGCCAUAUGCGUCAGACAAGAUAUCGAAACUAAAUGGAGGAAAGAAUUUACUUUGGAAUUUUCCCGCGAUCGUAAAUCCAUGUCUUCUUAUUGCACACCACUUAAACCGUCUCGCUUGGGAACUGGACCUAAACUAUUCGUUAAAGGAGCACCCGAAGGUGUAUUAGAAAGGUGUACGCACGCUAGAGUCGGUACUCAAAAAGUACCUCUAACCAGCGCUCUCAAAAAGAAAAUUGUGGAUCUUACUGCUCAAUACGGUUGUGGACGUGAUACUCUGCGUUGUCUCGCGUUGGCUACCGCUGAUAACCCGAUGAAACCGGAAGAAAUGGACUUGGGUGAUUCCUCGAAAUUCUAUACCUAUGAAGUGAACCUCACUUUCAUCGGUGUCGUCGGUAUGUUGGAUCCCCCGCGUAAGGAAGUAUUCGAUUCCAUCGUUCAAUGUCGCGCCGCUGGUAUCAGAGUUAUUGUCAUCACUGGAGAUAAUAAAGCCACUGCAGAAGCUAUCUGUAGACGUAUCGGGGUUUUCGGUGAAGAUGAAGAUACCACCGGGAAAUCGUAUUCCGGUCGUGAAUUCGAUGAUUUGCCAACGUCGGAACAAAAAGCCGCUUGCGCUAGAGCCAGGUUAUUUUCGAGAGUGGAACCCGCUCACAAAUCCAAAAUCGUGGAAUAUUUACAAAGCAUGAACGAAAUAUCUGCCAUGACUGGUGAUGGUGUAAACGACGCUCCGGCUUUAAAGAAAGCCGAAAUCGGUAUCGCCAUGGGUUCCGGAACCGCCGUAGCUAAAUCUGCGUCUGAAAUGGUAUUGGCCGAUGAUAAUUUCUCGUCUAUUGUCGCAGCAGUUGAAGAAGGACGCGCUAUUUACAAUAACAUGAAACAGUUCAUCCGUUAUCUGAUUUCGUCUAACAUCGGUGAAGUGGUGUCAAUUUUCUUAACAGCUGCUCUUGGUCUUCCGGAAGCUCUCAUUCCGGUACAACUUUUGUGGGUGAACUUGGUAACUGACGGUCUUCCAGCAACUGCUCUCGGUUUCAAUCCACCGGAUUUAGAUAUUAUGAAGAAACCUCCGCGUAAAGCCGACGAAUCUUUGAUAUCUGGUUGGUUGUUCUUCAGAUAUAUGGCUAUUGGAGGUUACGUAGGUGCUGCCACCGUUGGAGCUGCUGCAUGGUGGUUUAUGUACAGUCCUGAAGGACCUCAAAUGAACUACUACCAAUUGACUCAUCAUUUGCAAUGUAGCGGAGGCGGUCCCGAAUUCAAAGGUGUGAAUUGUAAAGUUUUCAACGAUCCCCAUCCAAUGACCAUGGCUCUAUCUGUCUUGGUAACAAUUGAAAUGUUGAACGCCAUGAACAGCUUAUCGGAAAAUCAAUCUUUGAUCGCCAUGCCCCCAUGGUGCAACUGGUGGUUGAUCGGCUCAAUGGCUCUCUCGUUUACACUUCAUUUUGUUAUUAUCUACGUUGACGUUCUCUCCGCCGUAUUCCAGGUGUGUCCAUUGACAAUAGAAGAAUGGAUGACAGUGAUGAAAUUUUCAAUUCCAGUAGUAUUACUCGACGAAACAUUGAAAUUCGUCGCCAGAAAAAUUGCAGACGGUGAGAACUGCAUAUACACUGUGCAUUGGAUGGUACUAAUGUGGGCUGUGUUCUUUGGCUUUUUGCGUGUGUGCCCUAUUUAAAAAAUAAAACCAGCGGCGUGUGUUUCACGAACUAUACCGCCUCUUCUAGACGAGGAUAGAGCCUUAGUGUGUGUAAACGGGUGUAAAAAUAUUUAUUUGAUGACAAACUUUAUACAAAAUGAAUUAAUUUAUUUGAAAUAAUAUAAUUGGUGAUUUUGAAAACCUAAAAACCCCUCUCAUUUAAAAUUUUACAAUUUUCCCUAAUCAACUUCGAGUCCUUCUAGUUGAUAUUAACUUUUAUUCGUAGAUGUUUCAAUUUAAAUUUCGUUUUUUUUUUUAAUUUUUAUAAUGAAACGGUGUUUUAUCACCCGCAUUACUCCGCUAAAAUGCAAUUCUAACAAAAGCUCAGCUUCCUUGUAUGAGAAGCAACCACCACCGAAUAAAAAUAUCAAGAUGUAUAUAUAUCUUGAUAUUUUUUUUUCGAAAAACUGAAGAAGUCGACAAAUGAAGAAACAAGGCAAGUCGUGUGACCUAUAGGGUUUGUUGUGAUCUUUAGGACUUUAGUGGAAAAAGAAGUGUGUCUAAUGUUGCCCGCGCAUUAAAUUGACUACCAACAAAAACAAUUAACGUGUAAAUGAAAUGGAUAUGUAACUGUUUGACGAGUUUCUCGAAAGUCCUAGGAUGGAACCGUGAGAUUCAAAAUAAGAAUAAAAAAUUUGGAAAUUGUAUAUGGAAAUUGAAUUCAUCAGUAGUCAUAUUUAUAAGUACAUUAUAUUUGUUUCAAAUCCCAAAAAGAAUAAUCGAAUUUAUAGAAUCAUACAUACUAGACUUGAUUUUGGCACUCAACGUGUUGAUAUGUCGUUGGUUCCAUAAAAUCCUACCUACUAGAACUACUUUUGGCAGUAAACAUCUUGAUAUAUUGUUGGUUUCAUAAAAUCCUACAUACUAGACCUACAUUUGGCAAUCAGCGUGUUAAUAUAUAUAGUUGAUGUGUUGGUUUUGAGGACAUUUCCCUUUUUUUUAUCAAACCUCACCUCAAUAGAGGUAAAAACUCUCGGGCUUAUGGCCCUCUGGUGAAAUUUUUUUUGUAAACUUCACAAAAAACCAUUGGGGAUGAUAAUCGUCACGUACUGGACCCAACCAGAUUUGAUACACGCGAACAUUGAAGGAUGUGUAUCGAUUUUAAUACUCUCAUUUCAUUUUCUAUUUUAAACUUCAAUAGGGGCUACAAUUUAGCGAUUUUGAUGUUUAUCACCUCCCAGGGUAUGUUUUUGUUAUAAAAACCUCAAAAAAGAAAAAAUUUAAUGGCUUAAAAAUUCGAACCAGUUUUAAUACACGUGACAGUCAACGUGGUGUUGUAUCAUUGGUUUUGGUGACUUGUUUCAGUUUUCAAAUAGGGUGAACCUCGAAGGGGGUGGUAAUUUAACGUCUAGGGUCUUUAUUAUCUCCAAAUGUAUGAUUUUGUGUUAAAAACUCAAAAAAAAAGAAUAAUCAAUGGUAUAAAAAUGCGGAUAUAUUGAUGGCUACUUAAAAUACUUACUGGACCUCAGCUUACCUAAGUGUGGGAGCCAACUGGUCAAUCAUUCUUAAAAUAUUGUGAACCUCGACAGGGGCUGCGAUUUUAACAUAUUGGCGUUUAUCACUUCCCAAAUCCCCCAAAAAACUGAAUGGUGCAAAAUAUGGAGGUAUCGGUGGCUAAUUACCAAAUAUAUCCCAAGAUUUAUCAAAUUUUGGGGUUUAUUUUACCCAGUAUACGAUUGUUUAAGAACAACAAACAUCGAGUGGUGCAAAAUAUGGAGAACAUGGUAGCUAUUUAUCCAGGGUGUCGUACGAUAGAUGUGUAUCACUUGGCACUCAACGUGUUAAGGAUAUUGUAGAUGUUACUUUUCACAUUACCUUUGAAUUGAAAACAUUUGGUGUAGUAAAUUAUUUUAAAAUGCAAUUUCAACUGUCAAAUUUUUUAUUCAUUUGUUUGUUGUUUCAUCUUUGGACUUUUGGGAAACCCUUCGUGUAACGUAGACAUCUUAAAUAUUUGGAUUAAUUUUUAUAUACCUUAAAUAUUGUUUGCUUGAAGAGUAUUCUCUAUAUUUUCUAUUCUAUAUAUUUUGUUGUAAUUAUCGCCUUUUUCUUGUGAAUACUUUGGAUAUCAUAAGCGUUGCCUUACUACCACUACACCAACAUUUGAAAUUGAACCCUGUGGUCCCUCGAGCCAGAAAUGGAUCCAAAUUACACUAUUUGGUCCUUCGACUUGGAAAUACAAACCAAAUAGUGUAAUUGUGUCGAUGCAGUGAUUGUUUUGAAGCUCAUUCUUCAGAUUCAAACUUUUUUCCAAAUAAAUAUCUGAACUUCAGUGUAACCUUCAUUAUAACUUCAGAACAGGGGUUGACAAACGUACCCUCUUCAUGUUUUGAUGUUCAUUCAGUUGAUUCAUUUCUUGUGAUAACUGUCCAGGAACUGUUGGUAAUAUUAACUAGCAUUGUCUGGUCUUUAGAGCUGAAAAUGAAUUUAAAUUAACUUCUCUGGUCCUUAGAGACGGAAAUAUAGCCUCGAAAGACCAAAUAGUAUAGUUGUGUCGAUGUAGUGCUGUUUUUGCAGCUCAUUUUUUAUUUGGACACUUUUUUUCAAAAGAAAUAUCAGGACCUUGAUGUAACUUUCCUUCUAAUAAACUUUCUCCUUUUCUCUAGAUCUUCAUUCAGUUUAUUUAUUUUCUUGUGAUUACUAAGUUGAAAUUUCGUUGGUAUUAAUGCACUGCUUACUACCACUACAUCAAUUGCACUGACCGGCCGGAAAUACAGCCUCGAAGGACCAAAUAGUGUAUUUGUGUCGAUUUAGUGAUGAUGUCUUGUAGCUGGUGAAUGUUUCUUUUUUGAAAUUUUUUGAUGAUUCUUCACUGAAACGCUCACAAAUUUUGCUAUUUUUUUUUCUGGCAAAUCUGAUGUUUUAAGAUGUCUGUAAUUGAUACAUAAAAAAAUACGUUUCGGGUGAAAGGUGACUUCGGAUUUUUCUAGUUUAAUUGUAUGAUCGAGUUAUUUUUUGUGAAUAUAUACAUUUAAAAUAAUAAUAAUAAUAAUAAAGAUUCAUCAUAUAUUGUUCAGACAUUGUCUCAAUUUUGUAUACUAUUUCUGAUUUUGAUAUUUCUAGUAGUGUUUUUAUAGUAAAAAUAAAACUUUUUGAUAUUUUUAUAUGAAAAAGAAGAAUAUUUCGAAGACGGUUUCCAAAUACCAUAUUUUCAUUUAUAUUUUACAUUCCAGUGCAGAAUUUUCGGAAAAAUUUUGGUCUAAGAACUUACUGAGCUCUCUGCUGACAUGAAUACAUACAAUUUUUUGUUAAUAUUGACUUUUUUUUUCUAUUCUUACAUCUAAUUUUUUUCGUAUAUCCGACUGUCGCCACCUCCAUCACUCUCUUCUCUCUCCUUGAUCGUCCCCCAUUUUUUCAUUUCACUGAUAUUCAGUCCUUUUCCAAAAUCAUCUGUUAUUCUUUCAUUUUAAUCAGAUAUUGAUUGGUUCAUAUCCAUUUCCGUAUAAUUUCUUUAUUUUCCCAAUUCCAUGUACAUAAUUUUGAUCACAUGUAGCUUCUUCUUCUGAGAAAUCUUGAAAUCCAAUUCCGUAUCUACCCGGUUUACAAUCAUAUAUAAAAACGCGCUAAUCUAGCGUUUUCGAGGUAGCGGGAUCCAUUCAUCUAGAUAUCUGAAAUAGUACUUCCGGUUUUAUUAAUAAUUUGAUCGGUUUUGAACUUGAUUUAUGAUUACAUCGGAAUCGGAAAUUCCUUUUAAUUAUAAAGAAAUAUCGUAUUUCAUAGAAAAAUAUCUUUUCUCAAAUUGUAGCCCAAUUAAGAUAACCUAACCUAACUUUACCAGAAAAGGGAACCCAAUUCGAAUUUAAAUAGAAAUUUAAUAAAUAAAAAAGUGGAAAAUAAUUUUUUUCUUUCUGACUGUACGUCUUUUCCCUCAGCAGGGAUCUAAAAAUGAGUGCCUCAAAAUUAUAACUUUGUUUAAUUCAUAAAUCCAGCUCAAAAAGUCAGUCAACUAAUCCAGAUAUUGGUAAAGUAAAAAUCUGGGACCUCAAUAAAUGGAUUCUACCAACAUGAAAACGCUACACUAACGUUUUUUUAUUAUGAUUUUGACUUUCUUCUAACUUUACGUCUUCCUUAUUUGCAGAGAAAAAUGGACCCUCAAAAUAACUAUUUACGUUUAAUUGAUAUAUCCAGUUCAAAAAGUCAUUCAAUCAAUCCAGUUAUUAGCGAAACCGUAAUCUAUGACCUCGAUAUAUAGAUUCUACCUUCACGAAAACGCUAAAUUAACAUUUUUCUUAAUAUGAUAUUGACUUUUUUCUCACUGUACGUCUGUUCCUUCUGCAUUUCGAAAUGAGCCCCCCAAAAAAUAUAUUUUCAUUUAAAUCAGUCCAUCGUAAUCCGAGACUCGAUAAAUGGUUUCUACCAUCACGAAAACGCUAAACUAACGUUUUAUUAUCUCCUAGACGGACAGAUACGGAAAUAUAGCCAUAUCUUAUAAAUAGGGGUGAGAAUGUGCCCUAUGAAGAUCUGAAGUAAAAUCUAGUCUUGUUUUUUUUUUAUUUUAAUCUACACCAACAGUUAAAAUUACACUAGUUUUUAUUUUUGUGUACAUAAAAAAUGGUUUAUUGGUUCUUCUUUGAUUAAUAAAUUGAAAUUCAUACAAAUUUUUAUGAUAGAUAUAUUACCACUACAACAACAUUCACAUUUACAAUUCCUGGUCCUUCGAGCCGGAGUAUACCCAUUUUUAUUGAAAUUCAUAUAUAACCGUAUCGAUUUGAAAUUUUUCUAUCUAUUCAUUCGAUUAUAAAAUCGAUUUAAAAAUGAUAUGAACUGGUCACAUAAGUUAGUGAUAUUUUCUAGUAGGGAAGUUUAUACAAUUGAAAAUAUUUACUAGGUUUUAGUGUAGUUCAAUUUUAGGGAAUGUAUUAUAUGAGAAAAUAAUUUCACUAAAAUAUAUUAUUAUACAAAAAUGAGACAGUGUGCAUUGGCCCUAACAUUACUUUUGAUUAUCUCGAUGGUAGACAUAUUGAGUACUUUAUUUAAAGAAAAAAAUUCAAAAAGUUGGUACCAUCUAGUUUAAUAGCACGAAUAUUCAUUGGGAAAAUUUUUUUAUAGUUAAAUUUAGAAGUUUUUUUACAAUUUCCAGAAAGUGGGGUAUCAAAAAAUCUAUAAAAAAUACUUAGAUGUAAAGAAUUUUUAAUAAAAAACUAAUUUACUGUAUACGAUUUCAACCAUGGUUUUACUAUCUCCAAUUUAAUGAUUUCGUAAGUACUUUUCUAAACACGAACAGUUAUUGUACACAAAGAAAAAUGAUCUAAGAACACUGGGACGUUCUAAAAAACAAAUUAAAACUACAGAAUUUUUUUGUGGCGGCUGCCGUUUACCGGUACUGGUUUGGUACAUUGUAUGCAAACCCUUGGCGAUCAUCAUUAGGGGAAUCUUUAUCAAACCAGGUUAUUAAUAAGUUUGUCUUCUUCCUAGUCCUCUCUCCAAAUAUUUUGCCUUGCAUGAUGGCUUGUAGUAAUGUAUAUCUGGAGGAUUGUCAUUACUUCUGUGGACUUCUCCAUUUGUUACCCGGAUGGCCCAAGUGAUAUGUCUAUAAAUCCACAUUUUGAAUGAUUCUAAUUUUUUGCUCAUACCUCAAAGACUCGACUCUAUAAAACAAGACACAGAAAACUUUUAUUUUAAGAGAUUGUGACUCUUGAAGCGACACUCUUUUCUUUAAAAGUUAAUUUGCCCUUAUUUCCUAGUCUUCUCUCAUUGUUUCCUUUUUUUUGUUUGUUCUCCUUCGAUUCUAAGGUCUGCGGAUUGCUUCCAGUGGAUGUUUCCAACUAUUCUAAGGUCUUUAGUGUUAAUUCUUCUUUUUUCAAGUAUCUAAGUAGAAAGUUAGUUGUCCAAAACUUGAAGCAGCUUCUUUUUGAAACUAUUAUCGAGGUUAAGUUCUCGUGGAAGUGGGAUUCAGGUCACUGUUUCCAAAGCUGUACCAGGAUAAAAACUUGUUGUUUGAAAUCUGUACUUUUAUUUGAAAAAAUAUUCUUUAGAUGCAAUUUUACCAAACCGGUAACAGAUUUAGAUAAAUAUCUUAGUUCUAAAUCUCAAAUAACGCUGUUUCUUCAGUUUAGUAUUGAAUACAGAAUGUCUAGAAACUUUCUGGGUAGACGUAAAGUACUAUUAGAUGUUAAUUUAUGUCUCUCUAAUCUAAUUUACAUUUUUUCGAAAUGUUUGUCCUAAGGAUUUUUGAAAAUGGUACUGUCAAGUCAGUUUUCAAACAUAUCUCAAUGACAAUGUAAAAAUAUACAAAGGCUACAGUUUUCAAAGGAUUCUAAAGGAUAGCUUCUCCAUAGAAAUGAAUUGAUUUGUAUUUGGCAAAAUACAAAUAUUUUAAAAAUAAACUCGAUAGGUGCCUACUUUUUCAUUUAAUUCACAAGCAAAGAAAGUUUUUUAACCAUCGAGAAUGUAGUGGCCCACGAAUAUUUUUUUUUGUAAUAUAUCAAAUGUGAUCUACGCCUCUUGUGAAAAUAGUUUCUUGGGGUUAAUUUAUUUAUAUGAAAUUACAUAAUUUUAAAUAAUAUAUUCAAUGUAUAAAUAGUACAUUUCUACCCAUUUUUUUUAAGGUCUGGAGAUGUUUUAAUUAUCAAUUAAUGACCUAUUGCAGAGUUUGUCAAAAAGUCGUAGAGAAACUCCCUUCAAGAUAAAAUAAAACUUAAACGGAGUUCAAAAGUGAAUAUUUCGAAUCUUUUUUAUUUUUUUUUUUUUCAUUACUUUUGUCUACUUUUUGACUUGCACUGUGUUUAUUACAGCCCCUUAUACAAUCCGAGAAAUUCAAAUCAGUUUAAAGGGUGAUUUUGUUGAGUUUCUCGAGGUUGGUGCAAGUUUUCUAUUUUUUUUUUCGAAAUACGUAUUUUACAUUGAGCUUUGCUCACGUAUUUCGAUAUUUAAAUAAAUUAUAUGUAAAUAUUGUAAUGGGCCGUGUUGAAUUUAAAUAAAAAGAAAAAUGAA